UAAGCGAAAUAAUGGCUCAGACAAAGAAAAGGCGCGUCUGCUGAACACGCGCCGCCGUCGGGGCAACGGAAAAUGGGGCGACUCUUGUGGCGGUCGGUUUCCACCAGUCUGAAGCCGAGUUCUCAUCGUCCCUUCUCUUUCUUCUCCUACUGCUAUCAGAAUGGAAGAGAAGACAUUGAUCCAUGCUGUGGGGAUAGCAGCCGGUAUCUUUCAUCUGUAGCUGAACAUUCAGAUUACGAACUUGAUGAAGUCCAGGAUGAUUGCAAAGCAACAGAGAAAGACGCUGCUCUUCAUAUGGCACUAUCAGAGCUUGCAAAUGAUUUUUCCAAAGAAUCUAGGUUGUCUUUGAAGCGGUUUUUCAGCUCUCGUCGAGCUGAAGUGAUAUCUACGGGCUCACUGAAGCUUGACCUAGCCUUGGGAAUUGGAGGAUUGCCAAAGGGAAGAAUUGUUGAAGUCUAUGGAAAAGAAGCUUCUGGAAAGACAACCCUUGCCCUUCAUAUCAUCAAGGAAGCUCAGAAACUUGGAGGGUAUUGUGCUUAUCUUGAUGUCGAGAAUGCUAUGGAUCCUACUCUAGCAGAAUCAGUUGGUGUAAACACAGAAAAUCUUCUGAUAUCACGACCUGACUCUGCUGAAAAUUUGCUCAGUAUCGUUGAUGUGUUGACCAAGAGCAGAUCUGUUGACGUAAUAGUGGUUGAUAGUGUUGCUGCUCUUGCCCCCCGACAAGAACUUGAUGUUCCUGUUGGUGAUAGCUAUGGAGACAUACAGUCAAGAAUAAUGACACAAGCACUCCGGAAGAUUCACUAUUCGUUAUGCAAUUCUCAGACUCUGCUUGUUUUUCUUAAUCAGGUCAGAUCACAUGUUAAGUCUGACUUAGGUUUUGGACAUGCGGAAGAGACCACAUGUGGUGGGAACGCAUUGGCGUUUCACGCUGCGAUACGUCUGAAAAUGAUGAGAACCGGACUAAUAAGGACUGACAAUAAGAUAAUCGGGCUUGAUAUCGGUGUCCAAGUGGUGAAAAAUAAGCUGGCACCGGGAGUGAAGAAAGCCAACUUGGGCAUUCACUUUGGUCAUGGAUUUUACAUUGAGCGUGAGGUGGUAGAAUUGGCUUGUGAGCAUGGAGUUAUGAUACAAGAAGGAAACAGCUAUUUCGUGGAAGGUGAGGUCAUUAAUGGGAGAGAAACUGCUGAAAAGUACCUGAUGGAAAACGGAGAGGUCCUUGAUGCUGUGGUGAAGAUCCUGAGGAGAAAGCUGUUCAACAUGUAAGAGCGGAUAGGUCCCGAAACAAAUAUCCAUCACCUAUAGAGCAAAACCCGUCGAGGAAUUUGCAUUAACCAAAAGAAUCGUCACUUAACCAUCUGUCUUCGUCUCACAAGGCUCUGAUGAAUGAGAUGAAGCUUUCUGUAAGGCAUGUGGAAUGGACAUGAGUGAAGGCUUGUCUUGUUGUCAGGUGGAAAACUAGGAGGAACGAAGAAAUAUCACAGACACUGUUCUUGUUAGUUUUAACUCUUGACAUUCUCUGUCAUGUACCUUUUCUUUUUGCUAAAUUGGAUGAGCUCUUUACUCUUUUAUUGCCA